CAAAUGCCACCGGACACCGACAGCGGCCUCGGACUGGACGGACGGAUAGACAGCAGUACCGCGACGCACGGGACUCACCGGGAACAUGGCGGCGGGAACAACAACCUGCAUGGUACCGUAGCGACGAUAUAUCCGAGGCUGGUGGGCUGGUAACGGAGGAGCAUCACUUCACACAGAGGCGAUGAGGGGAAACCUGAAGGCAGCAGCCCGUUUCUAAGCAACAACAACAGCAACACAGCGUGCGGUACCACACACCAUGGGCUACAAGAUCCCCGGGGCGGCGAUGGACAGAGUUAGCCUGCUGUGGCGUCUGAGGCGUCGGGCUCGCCGCGGAGCGGUCUGCAUGGCCUUCUUCUGCAUCUGCAUGGCUCUGCUCUACGCCCUGUGUGCCGAAAACAGCGUGCCCGUCACCGACGCAAUCUUUGGGGUGCGGGCGCGAACCCGGGCUCAGCCUCGUGCACACUCUGUCAUUAAGGUGCUGCGAGGAGGAGCCAAGCCCAUGUACAUCGACCCUCAGAAGCUCCCAGGUGUCAUCCCAGGUGACCCUCACCGUCCAAUCCCUGUCCUCUCCUCUCCGAACCACACCCACGAAGGCGGGGACCUGCCAUCGAAGCGGAAGUCGAGAGAGCGGGAGCCAUCCGGGUUUCUCGCUCAUCUGCUGCCGCGCCCCUUCACGCGUGCACUGGAGACCCUGUUCGGAGGCCGACGGAGGGGGGAGCUGAGCGGCAAAGGCGGGGACGCGGAGUUCUUCGGACCCAACGGUCCUCUGGGAGAGGUGUGGGACGAUGAGAUGUCCAGUAGCAUGCUGGGAAGCAGACUGAGGAGGGUUGUGCAGAACUAUCAGGCGAUGAAUAAAUAUGGAGUUGAGGUUUCCGGCCCCGGUGGUGUGUCCAGCAGACCGAAACUGAGCGGCCCUGAGCUUCUCUGCCAACUGAAGGACAAGGUAGAGGUCACGACGUUGACCCCUGACCUCCAGCCCUUCUCGUCAUUGCCCUGGGCCACACAGCUGCCACCGAAGUCGCUGACUGCUGACCUCGGGCCAUACAAGAGCUGCGCCGUGGUGUCGUCGGCGGGGUCGCUCCGCUACUCCGGACUUGGCAAAGAGAUAGACUCUCAUGACGCUGUGCUGCGCUUCAACGCUGCGCCCACCACUGGCUACGAGAAGGACGUCGGCUCCAAAACAACCAUUCGCCUCAUCAACUCACAGGUGAUGGCAUCUGAUGACCAUCGUUUCCUGUCCAGUUCUCUGUACAGCUCAGGUGUUUUGGUGGCCUGGGACCCCGCCCCCUUUUCAGCUGAUCUCACUCAGUGGUACAACAGGACAGACUACCCCAUCUUCAUCCAGUACCAGAGAUACCGGAGGCUUCACCCUCUGCAGCCCUUCUACAUCCUGCAUCCUCGCUUCGAGUGGCAGGUCUGGCAAAGAAUACAAGACAACAUGGCCGAACCCAUCCAGAGGAACCCGCCGUCGUCUGGCUUCCUCGGCACCGUCCUCAUGAUGUCUCUGUGCGAGGUGGUGCACGUUUACGAGUUCCUGCCGUCGCGGAGGAAGACGGAGCUCUGCCAUUACUACCAGCGUUUUUACGACGCCGCCUGCACGCUCGGCGCCUACCACCCGCUCCUGUAUGAGAAGAACCUGGUCAAACGCAUGAACCAGGGCUCCGACCGAGACAUCUUCACCCACGGACGCAUCACACUGCCUGGGUUCAGCAAGGUGAACUGCACCCAGGCUGCCGGAGGUUCACCGGGCCACUGACUGAGAGGAGCGGUGAA